AUGGCAGGAAAUUCUGACGAUUAUUUGGACAUAGAUCACCGUAGUACUGGGUCGCAAAAAUUAUUCAUAGACUUCUAUGGUAUUAAUUCAAUGGAAGUUGAUGAAUACAAAUAUUCUCAUUAUUUUACUUUAUGCAACAGUAAAUGGUGUAUGUACCUUGAAAGAAAAUUUGAUGAAGAUAAGGAUGAUGAUUACAUGAGCAUUUUUCUUCAGAAAGUUGACGAUGAACGUGAAAACCAAUAUUCUUUCCAUGUUCAAAUGACCGUUACUCUUCUCUCUUAUGGCAAUCAAAAUAUUUCUCGUACUUUAACUCCAGCUAAUUCAAAAUCCCGAUAUGUGUUCGGAAAACGUAGUGGUGAAAGUAUGAAUUGGGGUUUUCGAAGUUUUAUUUUAUGGGAUCACCUUCUCCUUCCACGAUUUAUUGCUCACAAUGAGGAUAAUAUCCAGUUUGAAUUAGAUAUGACCAUUAUCAAAAUUUAUGCCCAUGGAAUUGAUUGUGGAUGUGAAGCAUGCUAA